AUGAAUAAAAUUGUGUUGUCAGUUUUGCUGUUUUCUGCAGUUUUUUGCAAUGCACGCCCAGAUGACCCUGAAGUUACAAAACGUAUGAAGGAGGAUGAUAUUAUUCCAGAUGUGAUUUCUGAAGAUGUUCCUGACUUAUUAGAGAUUACAUUCGCAACCGGUAUCACAGCUAAUUUGGGUAAUGAAAUAACACCAACUGAAGCCCAAUUUGAACCAAAAUUUAAUUGGAAAGCUGAUCCAAAUAAGUACUACUUCCUUGUAACUCUUGAUCCUGAUGCACCUGGACCAGAUGAUCCAUUCAAUGCUCUACUCAAUACUCAUAUGGUUGGAAAUAUUCCCGGAAAAGAUGUUAGUUCUGGAGACGUUAUUUUUGAAUAUCUUCCACCAGCAACACCCAAAGGAGUAGGUUUUAAUCGUUAUGCCAGUUUGAUUUUUGAACAACCUGAAAAGCUUGAUUUCGAUAUUGAGCAUAUAGACGAUCGUCAUUUCGAAGGACGUCAAAAUUUUGACCUCGAGAAAGUUGUGUCCGAUUACAAUUUGGGAGAACCUUUAUUUGGUAACUUCUAUAAAUCUCAAUAUGAUGAUUCUGUUUUGCUUACUUAUAAAAAAUUGAAUUGUUGUAUAGAAUAUAACAAACCUUAA